CAAACAAGCUCCCGCACAGUUGACCGCAUUCGACAACCGACAACAGAGCAAGCACAACACGCUUGCCAUUCGCGUCGACUCUAAACACGAUCAUUUUGCUUCUCACCGUCUUCCAGGAACAUCGUCUGACUACCAUUCAACAAUCACCAAAAGCAAUGGCAGCAGUCGCCGGUAUCGUCGCCGUCCCAUCCGCCCAUGGCAAACCGCCGACUCGCCCCAAACGCCCUAGUGACGACCAAGUGGACGAAAAAGUGCUGCGUCGACGGCAACAGUACAAGUUCCACCAGCGUCGCCACAGAGCCAAACAAAAGGAGAAAUUGGUCGUGCUCACUCACGACGUGCAGCAUCUUUUGGCUGAGAUCGAGCAGCUCAACCACAAGCGACAGAAAUUGCUCGUGGAACGCAACUGUUUCAGUUCCAGAGGCACCGACGCGGGGGUGCCCGCUCGCCUUACUAUGGAAUACUUCCGCCUCUUUGAGUACGGCAUCUCGCCGUACAAUUUGCCACAACAGGAACAAUUCCUACGCUCCAUUAUGACCGCACAGACCGUGGGCCCGGACUACGCCGGCGUCGAAACCGUCAUUAUGCUCUGGAAGCGCUUCAAUGACUUCUUCGUCUACAGCCGGUACGAGCCCCUCUCCAUGAAUGUGUCCACCUUGGCGGACUCUACAGUUGUCGUCAUGGACACUCACUUCCAUAUUAGCUGCCGGAAAGAUGGCGUGCUCACUCUCUAUCCGGCGCUGCGUCAUAACAUGGCGCUGUUACAGAAGGUCAUUGGCGCUAUGUUGGUGGUACCAGUCCAGUACCGCUUCGAGUUCGACAGUAAUGGAGUUGUUACGUGGUUCAGCGCCGACUGGGACCUCAUUAGUGCGCUGAACGCCAUCGUCUCGCUCGUGGACGCCGCGUAUAUCGUUAGCGACGCUAAUAUCUCUAAAACCGGCCAGAUACGCACCACCGUCGAGGACAUUCGACAGAGCUGCAACAUCCAGAGCGACGUCGGUUCCCCAGUCCAACAGCCAGUGGUAGACCCUCGCCAUAGUGUCGAUUUUUUGCUUUCGUAAAAAUUGAAAUUGCUCUGUAUUUAUCGUUGAUUUUCA